UCUCUUUUUAUUUCUGACUAACACUUGGAAGUCGCUUAAUCCUUACAGAAAAUGCCAAUUACAGGAGGCAUCGCUGCACCAAAAAUUAUACCACUAAAGUCGGAAGAUAAAGAAACAUUAUCAGGUUGCAUUGAUACUCAAACAUUCAUUGAAAUUGUAUCAGAUACACCAAAUGCACGAUUAUAUUUCACGACGAAUGGGAAAAAUCCUAAUCCAUGGAAGAGAAAAGUUGAUGGUCGUGAGGUGACUUUUGUGUAUAAAGCACCAUUUGCCCUUCGUCCUGGUAAAAGAAUUGUUAAAGCAAUGGCUGUUCACAGUGUAACAAAUGUGGAAAGUCAUACUGUCACACGAAAAUUUAAAGUUAUAGACAGUAGUAAUAAUAAAGAUAGCAAUCAACUUCAUAAUGGCAAUAAACUGACUGGCAUAGAAAGUGAUGAAGAGAAUUCAUCAAGUGAUGCAUUGGAAAUGCUUGAUAAUUAUGAUAAUGAUGAUGAUCGCGAUGAGGCAAAUGGUCAUGUUUACAGUCCAGCUAUAAUACGAAAAAACGAUGACUAUGCCGAAGAUGUAAUUGAAAAUUUUAUGCGUAGGAAUGCAGAUCAAGGUUUUGCGGCGACAAAUCAUUCAGGUACACAAAUCAAUCUAUGGGGUCAAAUGCCCGGUUUGAAUUGGGAUAUACGUACACCGAAUUCAGGCAACAUUUCUGGUUCAUACCCAAUACUGAAUAGUCAUAAUCUUAAUAAUAAUACAGUUCCAUUUUGGUCUACUCAGCCACCAAUGAUGAAUAUGGAAAAUUUUGUUAGUCCACAACAGUUGAGCGCAAUAGCAAAUCAUCUUACCCAAUGUAUUGAUCAAACACGUCAUAUCACUGUGACAGAAGUACGCGAUUUGAUCAAACAAAUUACCGAGAAAUUUGCUCACAGACAAAAUGAUUCUGCUUAUUCUACAAAUCAACAAUCAUUGCCAACAAUGAGCCAAGGCAUGGGUAAUAUAAAUGAACAAAUCGAACAUGUAAAAUGUCAUUUAAUUGAUUAUACAAAACGUGAUAAAAUAUUCGAGGGCAUUUUAUCACAAGCUAAAAUGGGCAGUGUAAUCUCUGCAGAUCUAGAUGAAAAUGACGAUAGCUAUUUAUUAACAAUACACCUUGAUAAACCGAUUAAAGCUAAAAAGCCUCAUAGAGGUUCUCAAGAUUCAAGACAAAAAAAUAAGCCAUUGGCGCCGUCUAAACCACCAGCAUCUAACAGACCAAGUUCUUUUAAUAAAGAAAAUAUCCCUAGUUCACCUGAAAAGCUUGAACCAACGCUAAAACCUGCAGAUAAUUUCAAUGUUGAUAAAGACUGUGAACAAUUGCAUCAAGCUAUGGCUGGAAUGGGAACUAAUGAAAAAUCGUUGAUUGAAGUGAUGGGUCAUCGAUCUUCUGAACAACGAGUUGUUAUAGUACAAAAAUAUAAAUCAAUGUAUGGUAAAGAUUUAACCUCGAAAUUCAAAUCGGAAUUAAGUGGCAGUUUUUAUGAUUGUAUGGAAGCUUUGUGUUAUUCCCCGGUUGAACUGGAUGCACGUGAACUACGUAGAGCGUUAAAAGGUGCUGGUACAGAUGAAGGUGCUUUAAUUGAAAUUUUAUGUUCUAGAACAAAUGCACAAAUUAAACAGAUUAGAGAAACUUAUGCUAAAAUAUUCCCUAAUCGUGAUUUAGAGGCUGAUGUGAAAAGUGACACAUCACGUCAUUUCAAACGUGUCUGUGUUGCUCUUUUACAAGCCAAUAGAGAUGAAUCAUUGAAAGUCGAUAUGGAACUUGUUCGAAAAGAUGCUGAAAAUUUAUAUAGAGCAGGUGAACAAAAAUUAGGAACAGAUGAAUCAAGGUUUGUUCAAGUAUUGAUUUCACGAUCGUUUGCACAUUUACGUUUAUUAUUUGAAGAAUAUUCAACUAUUGGUAAAAAGAAUAUUGAAGAUACAUUAAAAGCUGAAAUGCAUGGUGAUACACUACAAGCAUUUCUGUCUAUUGUUUCUUGUAUUAAAAAUAAACCGAAAUAUUUUGCUGAAAAAUUACACAAGUCAAUGAAAGGACUUGGAACUGAUAACCGGACACUAAUUCGUAUUAUUGUAUCACGUUGUGAGGUUGAUUUAGGUAUAAUCAAGAAAGAAUUUUUAAGUUUGACUGGGAAAACAUUAGAGUCUUACAUACAUGAUGACACAAGUGGUGAUUUUCGUUUAAUACUAUUAGCUUUGGUUGGAUCAUGAAUAUAAGUAAUCUUUGUUGCACAAUGAAGCAAUCUUUUCCUUUUACUCCUGACAAACAGAAGGCUGUGAUUAAUUUUUUUCAAACAUAUAAAACGUAUUAAUCUGUGAUCUAAAACAAUAAAUCAAUGGAAAUUUGCUUUUUCAAAAAUUGUAUUUUAAUAUCAUGACAAGUUCGUAAAAA